UUAGAUUUCGAACGUCUCAGAAAAAAGUUUGAAUUUAGAUUUUUAAAUUCUGAAAUCAUUAAAAUGGCCAAAGAGGCGUUUGAGAAUAGUCUGCGCUUGACAAAAUUGUUUCUUCUUUUGUCUGGCAUAAGAAUCACAAGAAGAAAAUGGCGGAAAUCCGUCGAAAACUUCUUCGAUUACUAUUUGUACUAUAUUAGCUUAUCCUGGCUAUACACAGAUGUGUGUGGAGAGCUAAACUGGUUAAUAGAAGGAAUAUUAACUGGAAAAAGUUUUAUUGACCUGUCUUUGACCGCCCCUUGUAUAACUAUUAGCAUGUUGGCAACCUCCAAAUCUAUAUUCCUGUAUUGGAACAGAGAUGUUGUAGCUAAAAUUGUGGAUAAACUAAGGGACAUCCAUCCUGAAGAUGAGGAAUUUGAUGAAUAUAAACAACUAGGUUUAUACCAAGUAGAAUCCAACGAACCAGAUGUAGAGAAGGAAAUAGUGGAAGAAUCCAGAAAAUUCUUGAGCUUUGUGGUGCAUUUGCUUUUCUACAUCUGUGCUGUGGUGAUCUGUGCCUUCCCUCUGAUGCCAGUGACGUCAAUGGCCUAUGAUUACUAUACUACCGGCAGUACGGAGUGCAAGUAUCCGUACUUGGUGAAGUACUUCUUCGAUCCGUACACUAUGAAGAUGUGGCCUGCCGUUUACUUCCACCAUGUUGUGUCAACCGCCAUAGUAGGCGCCAACGUGUUCGGCUCAGACAGCCUGUUCUACGUGGUAUGUAUCUACAUCCAGAUGCAUUUCCGAACGCUCUGCCAUCGCUGCGAGUGCGCUGUGGUCUCUUCGAGGGAUGGAACUAGGAGGAACGUGGCGAAUGCUGUGAAGAGACAUCAGGAACUGAUUGAUUUGGUGAAUCAAGUGGAGCUUCUGUACUCGAAGUCGACGCUCUUCAACAUCGUGACCAGCUCAGUCUUGAUAUGCUUGUGCAGCUUCAUUAUAACGGUGCUGGACGAAAUCAUCGUGGUGGUGACGUUCGCCACGUUCCUCGUCAUGAAUCUAUCCCAGAUUUCGCUGCUCUGCUACUUUGGGGACAUACUCAUGCGUUCAAGCACUGAAGUAAGCUCAGCUGUGUACAACUCUUUAUGGUACGAGACUGACCAGAGCGUUAAGAAGAGCAUGCUCGUGAUACUGAUGAGGGCCCAGAAGCCUUGCAAGCUGACUGCUUGGAACUUCGCGGACCUGAACUUGACGGCCUUCACUACUAUACUGAGCCGGUCCUGGUCAUACUUCGCUUUGUUGAAGACUAUGUAUAAGUAGAAGAAAUACUUAUUGAAGAAGAUUCUUCUAUAGCUUUAUCAUAAAGCAUCUACCUACAUGCACGCUAGAAUGCAAUGCCCAUAGACCCCACAGUUCACGUUAUAGGAUACCCUCAAUUUGUAUCGCAUUUAAUUUUAUCCAUGGUAUUUCAUGCCAGUUAUAGUUAUAAUUCUUGCAACUCACGAAGGCGAGUGAGCUUUACUUGUGUGUGUACGUGUACAUGCACAUAACGAUAGUGUAAUGUCUAUCAAAACUUUUGAAAAACGAACAGUAGCGAGCCACUACACAUGUAAAGCUCACUCGCCUUCGUAAAUUGCAAUAACUAUAACUCACUUUGGUUGAGUUUGGUUACCAUCCGAGCCAUUUUAGAUUUUAAUAGUUCAAGUCACUUUUCGUGGAACUAAUAA